AUGAUAGCAAGGCCUUGGACAGAUGACUUGCCGAAGUGCAAAAAUACUUGUGUAGCAUCAUACCUUUCGCAAGUUGGUGGAAAUGUGAAUUCAACGGACGAUUACCUCUGUUUUUAUUGUCAAACAGAGGAUGGAUCAUGUUUGUAUGGGGUUUUUGAACCACAUAAUGGCUUGGAUGCCGCUAAAUUCAUUAUGCAGAGGAUGGCAGUAGAAAUGCUAUUGCCACCACCAUCUAUUAGCAAUUCAGAUGAAGAGAUAAGAGAUAGACUGAGAAAUGCUUUCGUGUCAGUGGAAAAAGCAUAUAUAGAAAAUUAUGAUGGUAUGAUAGCUGAAAGAACUAGUUUACAAUACCGGCUCCAGACAUUAAAUGAAACACAGAUAUCUCAAAACGGCGACAACAUACUCUCCCGUCUGAAAGAGAUCGAUCAGCAUCUCUCCGGUGGUGCUACAGUUGUGAUAGCUCUGGUGCACAAUAACAAGUUGUUUGUGGCGAACGUCGGUGAAACCAGAGCCCUUUUGUGUAGGACAGAUGACAAUGCCGUGUUGAGAGUGGUCCAACUAACGGUGGACCAUAGCUUGAACAAUGAGGAUGAGUUGCUGAGGCUAUCACAGUUGGGUUUGGAUGUGAACAAAUUAAGAAAUGCUCAAUACCUUGGAAACCAGUCGGGAACUAGAUGUUUGGGCAAUUAUCUAGUCAAAGGGCUGUACAAAGCUUUCCCUAAUAUUGGGACGGCAGCUGCUGAGCCUGUGGUCGCGUCACCCGAGAUACAUGGGCCUAUUGUCCUAGAUGAAUCUUGCAGAUUCCUAGUUCUAGUCAGCGGUGGAGUGUACAAACGCAUCCAAGAAGUGAGAGGCUGCAGCGAACAGACAAACAAACAGCUGGCACAGAUCAUAGUGGAAAACUUCAGGAAACAAACUAACUUCACCAAAGUCAGCCAAUCCGUACUCGAAGAAAUCGAAGAGGAAUUCGUUUCAUACUGCACCAAAAACAAUUUAACUCCGAAAUCAAACACGCACGUUACAUUAUUAAUAAGAAAUUUCAACUUCCUACCACCUAUACCGCAAAACGACACAAUAAACCUAAGAAAUCCAGUUCACAAACCAAACGAGAGAACGUCAGUACGAUUCAAUCCGAUCGUUCAGUCGAAAUCGAAUACGUUGUUGAACGAAAUCGAUUCUGAAAUUUAUUCAUCCGACACAAACGAUUUGGAAACAAACGACAGCAACAUCGAUACGAAUCGAUCGAACGAAUCGUCCGAUAUAUCGAGUUGUAGGCCCUAUGACAGGGAUAAACGAAUUAAGGGCUAUGUCGAUUUCUCUUGCUAUUACGAAAAUGUCGCCAAAGCUAGAAAAAAUGGAACGUUACCCGGUUUUAUUAAAUGA